AUGAGCGGCGAGAUCGAUGCCGUUUACAUAUAUGACGAGGACAACACCCCCCUCGUCGAGCAUGUAUAUCGCUCCCGCCCGCCAUCCGCCGCCGCCAUCUUGCCCCUCUACCUUGCCCAUGCCGCCCCGCGCCCCUCCCUACUAUACCUCCCCAAUGCCUCACCGCCGGUGACAGUGUUCUCGACCGUGCAGUCGAACCUGCUGUUCCUUGCCCUGACUGAGGUGGACACCGAGCCGCUUCUGGUGCUGGAAUUCCUGCACCGGGUGGUCGAUGUGCUGGAGGAUUUUGUGGGCGCGCCCUUGCUCUCGAGCAGGAUCGAGGCCAAUUAUGAUGUUGUUGCGCAGCUCUUGACUGAAAUGUGUGAUGCUGGUGUGGUGUGUAAUACUGAGCCCAAUGCGCUACAAGAAGUUGUUGAAGUCCCAGGGACAUCGACACCCACUCUGGGAACUGCCAAUCCCUUGAAGCAAUCAUUGGCGGCCGCGAGUUCGUCCCAAGGCCCUGCGAUUCCCUGGCGCCGGCCAGGGGUACGGCACACAUCCAACGAGUUAUAUGUCGACAUCAUUGAAUCUCUGUCUGUGACAAUGGCCCCUUCAGGGCGAUUGCUCUCUGCAUUAGUAUCUGGAACUAUUGCGUUCACGGCAAAGCUCUCUGGGGUCCCAGAUUUGCUAUUAAACCUAACAACACCCGGAGGGCAACAAGGGAUCGCUCGCAAGAUAGAGCUGCCUGUGUUUCACCCAUGUGUCCGACUGGCGCGGUGGAGGGAACGGCCGGGCGAGCUUAGCUUUAUACCGCCAGACGGCCGGUUCAUCUUGGCAGGAUAUGAAGUUGAUCUCCUCCCAAUAGACUCGGACAUUGACGAACCGCCAAGCCACAUGGAGAAGCUCUUCCUCCCUGCCAUAGUGGACAUUCGCAAAUCACUCGGACCCUCCGGCGCCGACUUCGAGGUGCGAUUGACCCUGAACACCGACUUCCCAGGCCAACCUUCAUCUGCCCGCCCGGGCCCAGCGCGCAAUGGAUCCGGCACCUCGACUCCGUCGUUCCUGGGCAACGUAGGCGGUGGAGGCGGCAAUGGCACCGGACCGGUGCUUGAGGAGGUUGUCGUCAGCGUCCCAAUUUCCACUUCCGUACGACACAUCACCGACAUGCAGGCCAGCCGAGGUGACGCGCAGUUCUUGCCGGGCAGCGGUCUUCUCGAGUGGCGGGUUCCAACGGGCCGCGAAGCCGGCACAAUCUCUGGAACUGCAACUCUGCGGUGCACCGUCGCGGGCUACCCACUGGCGGACGAAGAUCUAGACGAAAGCCCGGAUGAGGAUGCCAAUGCAAAUCUCCUGCAAGGCUACUACGAGGCCCCGACUUCCUACCAUGACCAGGACAGCAGCACGGGCACUAAGACACGAUCCGCCGACCCAACCAAGCGGAAGAAGAAGAAAAAGAAGUCCACCAAAAAGUCGUCCCGCGCUGCCGCCGCUGUUACCACCACCAUCUCCGAAGACACAGGCAACGGCCCGACUGAAGUAUCCACAGAGCCCCCAGAAAAGCUUCCAACACCAUCCCCAGACCCAUUUAAACCACGGACACCAACGCCUCCCUCCCAAUCACAAUCACAAUCACACUCGCAGUCUCAACCUCAACCCUCUCUCCCCGCCUUUUUCUCCCCCUCCGCAUCCGCACGCCCUACACCGCGCCGAACGAAAGCACAACUCAACGCAAGCCUCAUGCCCAAUUCUGCUUCUGUCUCCUUCUCCGUGCGCGGCUGGCUUCCUUCGGGUAUCAGAGUCGAUAGUCUGAACAUCGAUCAGCGCCGCAGUCGCGGUUUGGGGGAGAGUGUCAAGCCGUACAAAGGGGUGAAGUAUUUGUGUGUGAGUAAGCGUGGUGUUGAGAGACGGUGUUGA